AUGAAUGUAACAGAUGGUGUAAACUUGACGUCCUGGCCGUCGGAGGAGGUUACUAUUGACGGUACGUUUUGUAUGGACUAUGAUGAGCUUAUGGAGGUCAAAAGUAGAGGAGAUUUUUUAAAGUGUUUAACGGAAGUUACUACUGCCACUACGCAUGCACUGGACAGCUUGGGUGUCGAUGCGGCUAUCAUACACGGCUCGUUAUUAGGCUGGCAACGACACGAUAGGAGUCACAUACCAUGGGAUGUCGACGCUGAUCUCACCAUUAUGCAAAGUCACUGUCAACAGGCUUUCAAGGAUCAUUCCUCUGAGCGUCAUAAGAAUAUGGCCGCACUUAUCAGAGAGUACUUACCUAUUGACUCUUAUUAUCGUGUGGCUGGUAUCGUGUUCGGUGUUGGGUCUGAGUUGCCUCCUGAUGGUUGGGAAAACUGUGAUGCUCGAGAGUUCCGUAUCAUCCACGACUACAAGGACGUCACCUGCCAUGCUGAUGUAUUUCAGCUACUCCAAUCGAACUAUACCGGUGGUGAAGAGUGUGCAUCUUGCCCAGGUUAUAACGAAGGUUUCGUUACCACUUGUCGAGAGUUGGAUAAUUCGUGUGCGUUGUAUGACGACUUUUUUCCAAUGAGAUGGGACAAGCAGGAUGGUGGUGAUGUGAAGGUCCCAAACCGGGUUCGUGCUGUAUUGGGGUCCAAUUUUGGUUCGCUAUCUUGGGAACUGCUCAACCUUCAGAGCGUACCAAGGAAUCAUGAAUUCGGAUCUAGCAUGUUGGUGGUUGGUCGUGCUAUGAUGAGCAAUGAAACAAUGCACACAUCAGCUAGCCUGGGUAAGCUAAGAGGCCCUCAAGGUGCUAUGGGCGAGACUGAUAUGCCCGCAAUAGCCCCGAGCAUAAGCUUGUCUGAAAAUGGUGUCAACGUGCUGGCCUCUAGAUUUAUUGCUAUGAAUUGGUCCACAGUUCCUCAGAUUGUGAUGGUGUCGAGCAUUCGCGCCUAUGCUGUGUCACUUACAAUAGGUUCAAUUUGCACAAUGUGCCUCAUUCUUAUGUUGUACUACUUUUUCAAGAGAAAUCGAACUGAUGACUUAUCCGCUGGCGUGAGCCCGGGUUCAGCCAAUUCUCUGCUCAAUCUGGUUGAUGUGAUUAAAAAUGAGUAA